AUGGACGGGCAACGGGCGCUGUCUCGACAGAGUUUUCACACAUUCAAUGAGCUCAAUCUCAAUCUCGGGCCACGGCGAAUGCAUACUUUUCGCAUGGACACUUCAUGGGAAGAGCGAAUGCGUUGGGUGCUUGCUGCAAUGGUCUUUGGCAUAAGUGUUGCUUUCUUGGUGAUGAUGAUUGUCUUGGUGCCUCUUCCUCACGACUUGUUUGUUCCUCAUUACAGUCCUUCCCAGCUUUCUCCUUAUGACCAUUUCAAAAUGGCUGCGGCAGUGGUUAUGAUGCAGAUCACGAUGCCUUUCACAUGCGUGAUGAUCUUGCGCAGCCAUGCCCACUGUCAGCGUGACACCAUGUCUCUUCUGAUCACGAUGUGGCUGGCCGAGCUGGCCCUAGCAACUGCGCACAUCUUGCACUUCAGAGGCUUCAAGUUCUCCUUGGAGGUGCCAUCAGUUCUGGCCGGUCUGACGGCGGUUGGGCUGAAGCUGAAUCACAUGCUGAUCAACAUGCUGAAGGACUGUAAGGAAGUGCUAUACAUCGAUUUCCGCAUCAGCUGCUUACAGAAGCUUCUUCGCAUAGAGGUCGGUGUCGUCAUUCUACUGGUCAUGUUGACCUUGUGCGAUGCCGUGUUUGAGACUGGAGAUGUGUUGCGAGUAAUGGGAAGCAUCGUAGCUUGGGUCCUCAUUUCCGGCGGCAUCCAUUUUGCUUGUGCAUUGGGCCGAGAACUCGGGCGUUUAUCGAGGACUAGCGAAAGUGCGAAGAUGACGAAGGACUUGGCAGAGCUUUCUGAUGUCUGGAGAGCAAUAUCGAAGAUUCGCUUAUACAAUCGGAUUGUCUUGCUGCACUGCGUCCUGAAGUUUUUAAUCAUUACACAUGUGCUGCUGUUGCGAGGGUACUUGUGGCCCUUUCCUUCCAAUCUUCCAGAGGUUGCUUACGAUGACUGGGGCAUGGGAUUUGGCGUGUUUUUGCUGGUCGAUCCAUCAGCGGGCCCAAUUUUUUGGUAUCUUGGCCUUUACCUUGGCUUUCUUUACGUCGUCGGUCUGCACUCAGUUCCCGCAACUCAUGCGCGACAUCAGGAAGAGAAGCUGCGUGUUGAAAAGCGAGAGCGGCAGCAAGGGCUCUAUUCUGCAGUAACGGACAAAGGGUGGCAAGAGAGGGUCGAAGACUUGGCCCAGCGGGCCAUCACUUUGGAGGCGCUGCUACGGUUCUACAAGGGUCUUGGCACAGACUACAUGCUGAAUUUCAACUCCCAAAAGCACACCACUGAUGAUGUGGUACGCCAAGCCAUCAUCCCCCUGAGCGCGGAUGGGAUGUCGGACAUGUCGUCGAUUCUCAUGCAAGGUCGGCGCUUGCGCCCGACAGCAAUGGUGACUCAUACGUGGCAUUCCCACUUCCGUGACCUGGUAGCAGCGGUCGUGGCCGACGCAUUGGAAGAGACGCACUUCUUUCGGAUUGCGCGGCUCCUGGAGAGUGACAUCAACCUGGUGAAGAGGUGGCUGUGCAGAGCAGGAGCCCUGGAGAGGACCUAUUGGAUUUGUGCCUUGUGCGUGAACCAGCACACCAGCAUUUGUUGCCCAGACUUCGGCCUUGUAGACUCCUAUAGCAACACUGCAGUGCCUCCUUGCAGAUGCGACUGCCCCAAGUAUCUCAAUACAACGCCCCCUUGCAGAGAAGAUGUGGAUGAACCCAUAAGCAUCAACUGUGAGAUGAACAAAUUCUCUGACAUGAUUGCAUGGCUCGCUGCAACCGACGAUGGCUUCAAACAAGUCUUAGUCGUGGAUUCCAAGCUUGAGCUGUUUUCUCGCGCCUGGUGUGUCGCGGAGAUAGCUGAAUCCUACAUGAUGGGGAUGAAGCAGUUGCCAAAGAUUGAAAGUGGCGCAGUCCUCAAGAACCACACAGAGCACCUAAAGAUGUUGCGCAUCGAAGACAUGAAAGCAUCGAGACCCGAGGAUGUGGAGCAAAUUCUCAGCAGAAUUCCAAACAAAGCGGAGUUCAAUCAACAGCUUCAACGGCUCUUUGACAAACUCUUCCGAACAUUCUGGCACCUCCACGCAUCAGAGCGCAUGAAAAUGACCUGCCGCGAAAUCCGCUGGCAGCUUGCGUUGAAGGAUGAUGUGGAGGUGAUGAACUUUGAUCUCGAUGUCAUGAGUCCUGGUGGAGAAGCCAGAUGCGUAGCAGAGCAGUCUGCAUGA